AUGAGCGGGGUGACCCGAGGUCAAGGCAAGGAGGCGGUACGGCUGUGCGAGCAUAUUGUAAGGCAAGCAUUCGGCAAUGUCGUCUGCCGAGUCGCUUCGGUCCUGCUAAACAGGGGCCGUCUCCCCAUCCUCAUCCUGUCCCGCCUCUCCGCCCUCACGCGCAAAUCAACGGCCGCCUCACUCCUCAUCCUCAUGCAGCAUAAUCUCGUACAGACCACCUCGCUCACCUUGCUGCCCGACCCUCCACAAGGAAUGUCCAGCUCGGACGAUCAAUACGAAUUCGACGUCUCGGAAUGCCUCCAUCGGCUGAGGUAUGGGCGGGUAUUGGCGUUGACGGCGGGAUGGCCGACGUUUGGGAAGCUGGCCAGCACGGCGGAGGAGAUUGUGCGGAUGGUGAUGCUAUAUGGAAAGGUCAAGGUGAGGGAUCUAAGGGGGAGUCUAGCCGGUGACGGGGAUGCGAUACGCGCAUCCGCUGUACAAGAGGCGAUGCUGCUCCUUGUCCGGUGGCGGUUCCUCAUCCCAACCUGUCCGGAGCUGCAGAUAUUGGAAGCCGAGAUAAUACAACGGCGAUACAACCACCUCAAAACCCAGACACAACGAAACAGCGGCGCCAAAGUUCUCUCCGCGAACCAAAUCAAUGAGGCCCGGCUCAGCGCGCGCAACCAGGUCCUAAACGAGCGGGACGCUCUCCAGGCGCUCGAAAAGGUCCUGACGCGCCGGGAAAAAAUCAACAAGAAGCGUAAAAAGGGAGAGGAUGAAUACGACUAUGAUCUCAAACCGGACGUCUCCCUUCGGAUCAAUCACGACCGGUACGGUAUUCUGAUCCGGGACGAGUUGAUCGUCAAGGCAGCCGAGGAUCGGUGGAAUGUCGGCGCCGGGAUCGUCAUGCGCGCGGUAUGCUCCGCGGCGGUCAAUGAGCACUCUACGCUCAGUGAGGCGCGAACGGGGACGGACGUCAUGUUCAACGAGAUCAUCGCGAGGAUACCGCACGAGGCGUACCCUGUUCUCGGACCUGGGAUUAUUGGGGGAACGAGCAAGUCGACGGCGGAUAUAGUGCGGGCGUACCUGGCGAUCCUGGCGGGCGAGGAUCAGAUGCUGGCGAAUGGGAGUGCGUUUCUCAGCAAGACGUCGAGUACAAAUCCGGCGUACAAGAUUGAGCUGGAGAGGGUGUGCGUCAAGAUUAGGGAGGCGCUGUUGUCCGAGUUGGUCAGGCAGCGGGUGGGGGAGAAGGCGGGGAGAGUCCUGGCGGUAGUGACCAAAGCCAAGAUUGCGAGUGAACAAACGGUCCGAGACUGCGCGAUGCUCCCCCUCAAAGACGCCCGCAUCCACCUCGCCCGACUCCAAAAGCUCAAUCUGGUCGAAACGACCGAAGUCCCGAAAUCCGGCGCCAAGAUGCGCAUCAACAUGCCCUCUGCGGCAGAAUACCAUCUCUGGUCGGUCGACCUUCCAAGGGUGUACAACUCGCUCUUGUCAAACAUAUACAAGACGAUUGGCAAUACGAUCCAGCGUCGCGCGGCCGAGGUGGAGAAGCGGACGACACUACUAGAGAGGGAGGCGAAGGCGGUGAGGUUGGGAGGGAGGGCGUUGUUGCAGACGAAGGAUCAGAAUGAUUUGGGGAGUCUGGAGGAGAGUGUCAAGAAGUUGGUUACGGGCCAAGAGAGGAGUGAUUUGGUGGCUUUUAUAUUGAGGGAUUUGCCGGGGUGGCCGGCGAAGUAG